GGGCUGCUACAGCAGGUGUCGGCUUGGGCUGUGCGCGGCUGCCUGCCUGCCUGCCGGCUUUCAGGCACGGCUGGGCAUUCAGAUUGCAAAAGGAGGAUCGGGAGAAGAAACUUCUAAAGAUCGCAUGCAGAAUUAGCAGAGCUGUGCCGGAGACGCCUUGCUUCUUUAAAGCUCCUCGCUUGCAAGUUCUGGAGUUACUUCUUUUUCCCCUGUGAGGCUGAUGUCUCUUGCAUCACCCAAGAUACAUGUAACUGAAUUGAGCUGCCAAGGUUGUGUUUUGGUUUCUUUGCACCCUUGCUAAUUGGAUUUUUCCCAUGUUCUUCAGGAGGAUUAUAGAAGAAUUACAGAAGCUGUGUUUUUGGGGGUGUGGAAAGAAGUUGUUUCUCUUGUCUUGAGUCCGGGACCUCCUUGAUUUGCCAUUUAUUCUCUGACGUUACUGCCUGUAUGGAAAAGGGAGAAGCAGCUUAACAUGAACUUGGACAACCAUGGAUUCCUUCCCUUUGCAAAUGUUCUAUGUGGGUGCUUUUAAAGGAGGUUUUUGCAUGCAUAAGCAGCAAAUGAAGAAUAGCAUCCCAGGCUGGAUUUAAAAGAAACAAACUCCUCGAGUCCUGGAAAAAGGAUAAAUACUGUUUAAACUAUAGUUUAAGGAAGACUGGGUGUUGUUCUAGUUCUACAUGUUUUGAAAGGAAGCAUCUGAUCAAGUAAAAUAUUCUGCCAGUCUAAACCUGCAUUUUUCUACAGCUGAAACUGGAAGAUGUCUUGGAAAAGAAACUACUUUUCUGUGGGUCGGGGCAAUGUACAGGGCAUGUUUACUCCACGAAAUACCACCUCGAUAGCACCCAGUAAAGGUCUCAGCAAUGAACCAGGGCAGAACAGUUGCUUCCUGAAUAGUGCGCUGCAGGUUCUGUGGCACCUGGACAUUUUUCGCCGCAGUUUCCGGCAGAUCACAACACACAAAUGUAUGGGUGAUUCUUGCAUCUUCUGUGCUCUUAAGAGUAUAUUCAAUCAGUUUCAAUGUAGCAGUGAGAAGGUACUGCCUUCUGAUGCCCUGCGCACUGCUCUUGCAAAGACAUUUCAAGAUGAGCAACGCUUCCAGCUGGGCAUCAUGGAUGAUGCUGCUGAAUGUUUUGAAAACCUGUUAAUGCGAAUUCACUUCCACAUUGCAGAUGAGACAAAGGAAGAUAUUUGCACUGCACCACAUUGCGUUUCCCACCAGAAGUUUGCAAUGACUUUAUUUGAACAGUGUGUUUGUACCAGUUGUGGUGCCACCUCUGACCCGUUACCUUUCAUCCAGAUGGUACAUUAUAUUUCCACAACCUCACUCUGCAAUCAAGCUAUUUGUAUGCUGGAGAGGCGGGAGAAACCAACUCCAGAUAUGUUUGGAGAGCUCCUGCAGAAUGCCAGCACCAUGGGGGACCUGCGAAACUGUCCAAGUAACUGCGGGGAAAAGAUCCGUAUUCGUCGUGUGCUGAUGAACUCACCACAGAUCAUCACCAUUGGCUUGGUUUGGGACUCAGACCACUCUGAUCUGGCUGAGGAUGUGAUUCAUAGUCUGGGAACUUGCCUUAAACUGGGAGAUCUCUUCUUCAGAGUAACUGAUGACAGAGCAAAACACUCAGAGCUUUAUUUGGUGGGAAUGAUCUGUUACUAUGGAAAACACUAUUCAACCUUCUUCUUCCAAACUAAAAUCCGCAAGUGGAUGUACUUUGAUGAUGCUCACGUCAAAGAGAUUGGUCCAAAAUGGAAAGAUGUUGUGACAAAGUGCAUUAAGGGUCACUAUCAACCUUUGCUGCUGCUCUAUGCAGAUCCAAGAGGAACUCCAGUGUCUACUCAAGACUUGCCCCCUCAGGUGGAUUUACAGCAAUAUAGCAGGACUUGCUAUGACAGUGAAGACUCGGGGAGAGAACCUUCCAUCUCUAGUGAUACCCGGACAGACUCCUCUACAGACAGCUAUGCUUAUAAACAGGCACACCAUGAGUCUGUGGUCAGUCACUUCUCCUCUGACUCCCAGGGGACAGUCAUCUACAAUGUGGAGAAUGAUGCCGCUUCACAAAGCAGCAGGGACACAGGCCACCUGACUGACAGUGAGUGCAAUCAGAGGCAUGUUUCAAAGAAGGGCUCGCUGGCAGACCGCAAGAGGAGUUCUAGCCGGUCUAGGCGGAAAGGAGAUGAGGCUCAGUCAUCAGGAUACCACAGUGAAGGGGAAACCUUGAAGGAGAAACAAGCCCCCAGAACUGCCCCCAAACCAUCCAGCAGCACCAGCAGGCUGAGGGAAUUUAAAGAGACAGUGAGCAAUAUGAUCCACAGUAGACCACAGCAGAUUUCCCAGCCCAUCCAGAAUUCCCCUUGUGGAGGGAAUAGUGUGGAUCAGGCAGAAACACGACCCUCAAAAAUCCUAUCUGCACAUGCCCGAGACUGGGAAGUGGAGAGUACCAGUAGUGAGUCUAAAUCCAGUUCAUCUAGUAGGUACCGGCCAACGUGGAGACCCAAAAGAGAGUCUCUGAAUAUAGACAGCAUCUUCAAUAAAGACAAGAGGAAACAUUGUGGCUACACUCAGCUUAGCCCUUUCUCUGAAGAAGCAGGUAAAGAACUUGCUGAGAAUGAGGUGAAGGAACACGCUGUUCACACAACAAGGUCAAGCCAGUCAAAUGUCAGAUACAAGCGUGGUGUGCUGGGCCGGGGCACCCAGCACCAUGUGGUGGAUCAACAUCCUCAUCUAAUACAGAGGAUGGAGUCUGGCUAUGAAAGCAGUGAGCGCAACAGCAACAGCCCAGUUAGUCUGGACAUGCCCUUGUCUGAAAGCUCAAGUACCCACAGGGAUGUUCAUAUGAAGAGAGCAGGUGGAUUUGUUCCUGCUUGGCGUAACAUUCCAAAGUCUCACAGUAGCAGCAUCUUGGAAGUGGAGUCAGCUUCAUCAAUUGGGAGCUGGACAAACAGUCCACACACCAUGGGAAAUGGUGGAGAAAUCUUUGCUCCUCUAAAGAGUGAGCUGGAUGAAUUGCAGGAAGAAGUGACAAGGAGAGCACAUGAGCAAGAACUACGCAGAAAAAGAGAAAAGGAAAUGGAGGCCGCAAUGGGCUUUAAUCCCCGUCCCAGCAGGUUCAUGGAUCUAGAUGAACUGCAGAAUCAGGGGAGGAGUGAUGGCUUUGAGAAGUCGAUGCAGGAGGCAGACUCAAUCUUUGAAGAGUCGCUGAAUCAGGAGCAGAAGGGGGAUUGUGCUGCAGCUUUGGCUCUCUGUAACGAAGCUAUAUUGAACAGACUGGCCCGCUCCAAGUACUGCUGAGCCAGGAGGUACCACUGGAACCCAACAAAGAAGUGGAAUUUGGGUCCAGUUCUUUCUUCCACCCACCUGCUUCCUGCCAUGAAUUGCACUCAUCAUUAUAUCCAGAGUCUUCCUCCUUGCCCCCUUCUGAAAGCAAUUCA